UUCUUUGUCUCCGCGCUUUUUUCAUUCCUUGUCUCUACCUUUAUACUUUAAAUGUCUGCUGCAAACGUCCCUGAGGGACUUAAGUCCAUCACUCCAUACCUGCAACGCGCUGCCCAGUUGCAGGGCCGUGAACCUAUCGUGUCAUACUAUGCCAAUUAUUAUGCUGCCAAAUUGGCUAUUCCUAAGGCAGGACAGGAUGCUAGCAACAGGGCGUUUGUGUGGAGCUACUCGAUACUUUGGAGAAGUCAACGAAAAGAGAUUGGAGAGAAUGAGGCCAUCUCGAGUGAUUUGGUUGGAUAUGCUCACAUUGAGAACUUUGCCCUCAAGAUCUUUAGCAGAGCUGACGACGAAGACCGUGCUGGACAAGGUUCACAAAAAACUGCCAAGAAUUUUGUCGCUGCUGCUAACUUUCUGGAACUACUCAAAGUGUUUGGUGAUAUUGAUUCUGAAGCUGCCGAGAUUGUAAAAGCACUUCGUGAUGGUCGUACGCCCCCCUUACCACCAGGAGCUGAUAAACCCAAGGAGGAGAUCAUCACAGAUGCCAGUGCUAGCGCCAACUUGACAGGAUUGGAAUCUUCAUUGGACAUGUUGGGAGGCGAUAAUAAAGUCAACAACAAUGAUCUUGAUAAUACCAAUGUUACUUCAGCAUUCACUCCUAUACUUCCACUCCUGUGUCCCAUCCUCAUCUAUGAUAACAACGCCUCAGUCUGGAUUCCCAACAAUCUCCAAUUCCCUUCGCCUCCCUUGGGACCUUCCAGCACAAGCGGCAGUAACGUUGGUGGUGGAAAUGCCUUAAACGGGACCUUUACUGACAGUAACAACAACAAUUGGAGUCAAGCGUCCCAUAGCCCCAACCCCACCUUUGGCCAGAACCAGAGUCAGAACAUAUACCAACCAGCAGCUGCACCACCAUCACAAACAUCAAUACCCUCUACUUUUAAUCCCACUGCGGCCAAUAUCAACUCUCCACCAACUUCAGGACACAUUACAGGGCCUUCGGACACACAAUACGGAUAUGGAGUAGGAAACAAUCAACCUCAUAGUAGUGGUCCAUAUCAACAACAACCUACUGUGAGUCAUAUGAACACACCUUCACCAAACUCAUAUGUCCAGCCAUCUUCUGGAUUCUCCCAGCCUUCCGCACCUUAUCAGCAUCAGCCUCAUUCUCAAACACAGCCACAACCACAGCCACAUCUGCAUCCACAAUCACAACCACUACAGGCACCGUCUCUCAAAUCCCAUACACACCUGUCCAGAUGGUUCUGGACCCUGCUGUCAAUACCCAAAUUCAGAAGCAUUGUUAAAUGGACCGUUUCUGCAUUAACAUAUGAUGACAUUCCGACGGCCAUUGAUAAUCUGGAAAAAGCACUUGCUCUUCUUCGUCCAUAUCAUAACAAAUAAUAAAACAUCCGAAUCUUUG